CGGUAGAACCCUGCACUGUUCUCUGUGCAUGGUGGAACCCUGUGGAUGUAUAACAUUGUUCUCUGUGCACGGUAGAACCCUGCACUGUUCUCUGUGCACGGUAGAAUCCUGCACUGUUCUCUGUGCAUGGUAGCCACAUCAUGAUGCUGCCACCGCCAUUCUUCACCGUAGGGAUGGUGUCAGGUUUCCUCCAGACGUCACGCUUGGCAUUCAAGCCAAAGAGUUCAAUCUUGUUUCUCAUGGUCUCAUUUCUAAAAACCUGUUUUUGCAUUGUCAUUAUGUGGUAUUGUGUGUAUAUCGACGAGGAAAUAAGGUUACUGAAUCCAUUUCAGAUUAAGGCUUUAACGUAACAAAAUGUGCAAAAAAAAGUCAAAGGGGUCUGAAUACUUUCCCGAAAUAUCCAAGUUUCAUUCUAGACACCAGAAGUAAAAAUGAAGGUCUCUUAACAGACCUUACGCAAAGUUGGUAGAGACUUGUCAAAUAAAUAGCUGCUGCCAUAAUCAAAGGUCAACCGUGAGAUUACCACCUGUGACAUAGCUACGAUGACACACAUGGCUGCUGCACGAGAGAUCUGAGCCCCAGGUAACGAUCAUUUACAGGAGGAAGAAAACGUUCUGCAACGUGGGAAACCGGUUGCUCGCUGGGCCCCUCCUACUUCCGCCGUGCUGGAUGUAAGCCAUGCCUGACAGCCCCACCCACGGACUUCCAUUACGCCCGCUGUGGGAGUAUAUCAAUACUGGGAAGACAGGAACAGGCUCAGAGAGAAAGAGAAGGAGAGAGAGAGAGAGAGAGAGAGAGAAAUGGACCGAGAGUGCAUCACACGAGGGGUCAGGAGGAGAUGAAUAGAUCUACCCCACCUACCCAACGGACCCAUGGACCUUUUUGACCCCUCACCCCUGCAGCGAUUGGCUCUCCUGGGUAAAGAACACACUUUAACUUUUCCAACUAACUCAUACUCACAAAAAAAAAAAAAAAAAACGUUUUUUUGUUGCUCAGGCACAACAAAGCGGAUUCCACUAAUCAACUCAUCACGGACAAAAACUAAAAAGUGGCUCCAUUUGGGGUAGCAAGGCAACCUGCAGACCCUCACCCCUGGAGGAACAAUGGUCAACACUGCUGUCAUAUCUAAGUAGACAGACAGUAGGGUAACCAUGGUUAAGUAGAGACAGUAGAGCAACCAUGGUUAAGUAGACACAGCGGAUGACAGACCUGAAGUAGCACAGUGUUGUGGCAGGGCCUGGCCAGCUCUGCCUUGUGGUACCAAGUGGAGAGGAGAGACAGAGACAAGGCUGAGACCUGGAUCCAGGCCAGGCGGUUCUGUCAGAGGCACUACGUUGACCUGGCUGUCCUAAGCACCCAGGACCAGUACCAGUUCCUUCUGCAGACCAUGGCUGCUGGUGAGAGGGACACCUUCUGGCUGGGUCUGCAGCCCCACACUGCCCCUGGUGGCUGGGGGUGGAAGUGGGUGGAUGGCCAGGGGCUGAGCUAUGAUCGCUGGUACAUAAAGAGUCCUGGACCUGGACUCUGUGGUUGUCUGGAGACCAGCCUCAAAGGGGAGAAUAAACUACUGUCCAGAUCCUGUGGCGAGACCGUGGAACGACAUGGUUUCAUCUGCCAAGGCGCUGUACCCCCUGAGCGGCUAAAGGCGGAGUCUGAAGGGACUGAUCAUGUGACUGUGCAUUGGGACACGCCCCCUCUGAUGCAGACAGCUGAUCAUAGCUACAGAAUUACCACAUGUAGCUCCCAGCCUCACCCUCAUCUUUCUCUCCUCCACCCUUCUCUCCCUCCUUGCCACACCCCUCCUCCUCUUUUCCUCUGUCCUUUCCCCCACCCCCCUCAUCCCACCACCCCAUGUUGCGUCCUCCACCUCCCCUACUCCAACAGCUCCACCUCCCACUCCACCCGGAUCUCUGGCCUAACCCCGGGAACCCAGUACACCAUCAGCGUUGCCAUAGUGAUCACGCGCCCAGAUCCUGUCACCGGUGACAACGUCACCACCGACAGUGACCCAGUCACGGUGACCGUCACAACAAUAGGGGGCGGUGGUGGGCAGCAGGUGGUUGCCAUGGUACUGAGUGUGGUCAAGUUCAUCUAUCUGGUUGUCUUACUCUGUUUACUUUACCUCAUCCUGAAGAGAAAUGCUGUCCAGGCUCCUGAACUUGAUCUGGAAUCAGUAGAACUCCCCACUGAAGAAGAAUACAUUUUAGACAUGAUUAAAACUGGUCCUACAUCAGUUGAAUUCCCUAAUGAAGAAUGCAUUGUUGAGCUGCCACCUGAAGAAUAAUGCAUUGUCUGACUAGAACUGGUUCUAGAUCAGUGGUGCCCACUCCUGGAGAAUGCAUUGUUUGAGCUGCCACCUGAUUACAACUGGUUGUAGAUCAGAUCUACCUGCCAAAUCUACCAGCUUUUCUUGAUAGUGUAAAGAGUUAAGGGAGAAUAUCAAUACAAGCCACAGACAGUAUGCGUUAUUAGUCUUGAUGCAUACUUAUAAACAAAAUAGUUUUAUCUUAACAAGAUAUACCUGUUUAACUAUACGUUUUUUGAAAAGUACUGAUACGCACUUAAGUGCAAAGUAGAUUUGCCUUAGUUCACAAAUGACACCCUAUUCCCUACAUAGUGCACUACUUUAGACCAGAUCCCUAUGGCACCCUAUUCCCUACAUAGUGCACUACAUAGUGCAAAGUAGAUUUGUUAUUAUCGACAAGGACUUAAUAAGCAUUGAGAAUGAGUUAAGCUGCCUCUUUAAUAAACAGGUUAGAAAAAUAGGUAUUUUGACCUCAGUACGACGUUUAGAAAAUGAUUUUCUUUAUUUAUUUGACGUUUUACCACACAUUGUCAGUCGUCGUGAUUUUCAUGCCGGUUAUGGAAACAUGUUGCCUCCUCCUGCAUAUAGAGAGGAGAAAUGUACAUUAGUUGUAUGUCAUAAAGUAUGUAAUAUAUAUAGCCUUAGUUCACAAAUUACACCCUAUUCCCUACAUAGUGCACUACUUUAGACCAGAUCCCUAUGGCACCCUAUUCCCUACAUAGUGCACUACUUUAGACCAGAUCCCUAU